CAAUCACCACCGCAACCCCGCCCUCAAACUUUCCUCUCACCACCACACACCGAGACGCCCGCCACCGACGACUCAGACAUCAUGAGAGCCUACUGGUACGACAACCUGCCGGGCGACCAACGCGCGCCGCACGACUCCGGCCGCGACGUCGACCCAGCAUACCUGUCCGCGCUCGGGAUCCGGCACUUCAACUACCCGUCGGUCAGCGACGUGGACAAGCUGGCAGCCGAGCGCAACUACAAGAACCGCGACGAGGUGACGAUCAGCCCGACGACGCUGCCCAACUACGAGGACAAGGUGAAGACGUUCUUCGCCGAGCACCUGCACGAGGACGAGGAAAUCCGCUACAUCCUCGACGGGGCGGGGUAUUUUGACGUCCGCAGCAAGGACGACGCGUGGGUGCGCAUCAAGCUCGACAAGUUCGACUUGAUGAUUAUGCCUGCGGGCAUCUAUCAUCGCUUUACCACCGAUGAGAGCAAUGUGAGUGGUUGUUGGUUGGGCGCGGUCGUGCUCAUGGUCGUGCUGGUGGGGUGUGCUUUUUAGGCUAAUUCGUCCCCCGUGCUGCAGUAUACCAAGGCGAUGCGCCUGUUCCAGGACGAGCCCAAGUGGACGCCGCUGAACCGCGGCGAGGAG